GUCAGCAGUAACAAUGCCACGUCACAGGGCCACGACAGCAGUGCCCCGCCACCAUGACGGGCGCAGCUCUGGGCAUGCCAGGCCAACUGGCCAACGAGUCUAUUGCCGACUACAAACAGCGGUUCCAGACUCAUCUCGCACUAAUCGAGGCUGAGGAACAGCGCCAGCUGGCAGCCGAGGCUGCCCGCCUACAGGCUGAAGCAGCGGCAACAGUUGAAAAGCAGCGGCUACAGGCCGAAGCAGACGCAGAUACCCAGGCACACCACAAGGAGGCCCAGGAUCUGCUGCAGCGGCAUGAAGCCGCCAGCAUCGAAAGACUCAAGUUCUGGCACUUUCAACCGUCCAACGGCGACGACGCGACACUGGAAGAGCAGCACCAGGAGUUCCUCUCCAAACUCGUGACACGGUUGUUAUACGCUUGCAACUAUCAGCAGUCCGAGUUAGAGAGACAGAACCAGGAACUGCAGAAACAGUACCAGGAUCUGAAGAAACAGCACCAGGAGUUGGGAAACCUCCGCCGGACAGUACAGACCCACGAGGAUGCUACACGGGCACCCAAUUCCCGUGUACUGGACCUGGAGCAAGCUGCACCAGGACCAGACGCUGGGGUAUCCAGCAGUGCACCCUCUAACCGCAAACUGGAGGAACGCGUCGACCACGUCGUCGCAAUGCUCGGCGACAUCAACACCUUCGCUGAGCCGACCACCAUCAGCAAUCAGCUGGAUACCUUGAAGACCGAGGUCGAGCAACUGCAGUUGCCUAACAAGAAUGGCAACAGCACACAACAUUACAAGAUGCCAACUUUUCAAAUUGAGAAGUUUGAUGACUACACGCAUCAGGACCCGGUCCUCUGGUGGGAAGGUUUCACGACGCAACUUCGGAUUCUGUUAGUCACCAAGCACGCGUACAUCGGCGCCCUGUUUCUUAACUCAAAGGGCGGAUGCCAGGUCUGGUUAACCCACCUGGCAGCCACCCACGACGUCGAUGUCGCAGAUCUGAAAGACAACAUGGGAAGAGUUAACACGUGUUAACUCAUGGGAAGAGUUAACACGGCUGUGGAAGAAGCUGUUCAUCGUGGACGACGCACCUGCACUCGCCAUCAACCGUCUCUUCAACAUGACGCAAGGCAACACAGCAACACGUGACUGGCUCAAGAAAUGGCAGAAGAUCGCAGCAACGCCCGAUCUCGACUUGCCAUUUACGCAUCUGCGCCAUGAGUUCUACAACAGGUCAUGCGCUGCAUUGAGCCUUGCUCUUGGUGAUCGCGAGCAGUAUGCAACCUUCGCUGAGAUCAUUGACAAGGAACCGGACUGACGCUCCCCAGAAUAGAAGGAGCCAGGUCCAUAAGGCCCUGUUUAAAAAAAAAAAAAAAAAAAGGUACCCAGCAAACAGUCACAUCACAAGAGUAAAGGCAGAUUCACAAG